UGAAGAGCCCCUGCCUGAGGCCUCCUCAUGGAUGAGUCGAACGUGACGUCAUUCGUUGAUGAGAAGUCCACCAACGCCUCCACCGCCAGGAAUACCUCGGCUGGAGACCUGCGUCGGGAAAUUCCAAUUGUGCACUGGGUAAUUAUGAGCAUCUCCCCUCUGGGCUUUGUCGAAAAUGGAAUCCUCCUCUGGUUCCUCUGCUUCCGGAUGAGAAGAAAUCCCUUCACGGUCUACAUCACCCACUUGUCUAUUGCAGACAUCUCAUUGCUCUUUUGUAUUUUUAUUCUGUCUGUUGACUAUGCCUUAGAUUAUGAGCUCUCUUCUGGCUAUUACUACACGAUCGUCACAUUAUCAGUGACUUUUCUGUUUGGCUACAACACGGGCCUCUAUCUGUUGACGGCCAUUAGUGUGGAGAGGUGCCUGUCUGUCCUCUACCCCAUCUGGUACCGAUGUCAUCGCCCCAAGCACCAGUCGGCAUUUGUCUGUGCCCUCCUGUGGGCACUUUCGUGCUUGGUAACCACCAUGGAGUAUGUCAUGUGCAUUGACAGUGAAGGGCAGAGUCACUCUCAAAGUGACUGCAGGGCGGUGAUCAUCUUCAUUGCCAUUCUGAGUUUCCUGGUCUUCACUCCCCUCAUGGUGGUGUCCAGCACCAUCCUAGUGAUUAAGAUCCGAAAGAACACGUGGACGGCCCAUUCCUCAAAGCUGUACAUAGUCAUCAUGGUCACCAUCAUCAUCUUCCUCAUUUUUGCUAUGCCCAUGAGGCUCCUCUAUCUGCUCUAUUAUGAAUAUUGGUCAGCCUUUGGAAACUUGCACCAUAUUUCUCUUCUCUUCUCCACAAUCAACAGCAGUGCCAACCCUUUUAUUUACUUCUUCGUGGGCAGCAGUAAGAAAAAGCGGUUCAAGGAGUCCUUAAAAGUGGUUCUGACCAGGGCUUUCAAGGAUGAAAUGCAACCCAGGCGCCAGGAAGACAAUGGCAACACCACCACAAUUGAGACUGUGGUCUGAGGACAGUGGCAGGAAACCAUGGACAAAAAUGGUGGGGCACAGAUUAUUUGUACUUUGUGCUUGGACUACCACUUCAGUGUGUCCUAAAUAUGGCACGGAAGGAUGCCUCAUCACCUGCAUGAGAUACUCAUUGAUGAUAAGACCCUAUCCUUGUACUGUAUCUUCUGAAAAAACUCAAAAUAUGUUGGACCUCUAUCAUUUCUGUACCUAUGAAGAAACCUUCGGUUCCUCCUCAGCUCUUCCAGCAGCACUUCCCAUGAAUUGUAGAAAUUACUCUGGCAAGAACAUGUACAGAUGAGUAUUGGUGGAGCCAUGUAGCAGGAAGAACAUGGGUGUUGGAGUCAGAUUGACUCUUAUCAUUUGCUGCCUGUGGGAGUUCAGGAAAGUGGUUUGACCUCUCAGAGUCUCUUGUCCUCACCUAUAAACUGUUUAAUAGUAAUAGUCCAUUCCUCCCAGGAUAGUGGUGAGGAUGAAAUGUGGAGUUACGAUAUGCUGCGCACUUGGCACAUUGUCAAUGCUCAAUAAACAUCAGUCUUUCCACCUUGAAAUGCAAGAAGAGAGACCAACUUCUGUUUUGUAACUUGUGCAUGCACGCACACACACAUACACACAGCUCUAUCACGUACAAAUACUGUUAUGUGUUUUCCAAUGUUGAAUGUACAUUUAUGAAGGUCUUUUUGCUUGAAGCAUGAAAGCUUUUCACAGCACAACACCUCUGCUGGAAACAUCUGCAGAUGUUACAACAUCCAACCAGCCACGUGUGAGAGCAUUAUCUUGGGUUGUGAAGAAAAACAUUUGGCCGCCAGUAGAGGAGUUUCUCGUGGCUUUUCCUUCCCUCUGUGAGAAUGCUUGAUGUAAUGAAAGUCUGUUUGGAAAUCCUUUGCUUGAUGUAAGUUUUCAUGAAUGGAACUUAAGUCACAAGUCUGUGAGGGUGAUUAUGUUUUUGGAGCCUCCCCUUCCACCCCCAUGAAGUGAUGGGUUGUUUAUAGCCACAGAGUUGUCAGCAGCAGCCAGACGCAGGUUUCUGCACUUUCAACCCCAUCUCCUCCUGAGCGCUUCUUUGUGUUAGUCCUGGGAGGAGGCCCUGCAGCAGGGGCUGAUGAGUGUUUUGACCACAUCUCAGAGGGUACGUGGACAUUUUCCCCAAGAAAAUCUGUGCAGGGCUUGGUCAAUAUCUUAUUGCUCUGCUGCUCUCCUGCCAUGACUUGUGUCUGAGUCUUCAAACAGCAUGUCCUGGGUCUCCCCUAGGAAACCCAUCAUGGCUCAUAGACUAUCUUACCGUCUUUUGUUUCCUUCUGCCCCUUCUAACUGCUCCAUAAAAAUGGCAAUGCUUCAUGUGGUCCUAAGGGACUAAAAUGUUCAUGCCUAUAAAUGAACCCAUUGGGAUUUAUCUUAACCAUUUGUCUCCCAAGGGUCAGAGAAGCCAUGAUGAAAGGGUUCUGUUGCUGUUCAUUUCUUCUCCAUCCUCUGACUCUCGAAAUGAAUGAUCACCUGUGAUCUGAUCAUGGGAGGGGGGUGGUGGGCAGCUUCACUGGGGGAGAUGCGCAAGUCUCUCCCACCCAGCCGAGCUUGGAGGCUCUUCAGUGGGUGAUGACAUCUGAUUCAGAAACCAGGCAGCUUGUUUUCAGGAGCCCAGAUGGGUGUGGAGUGCUGACAUUUACAAUGAUCUUGUUUUUGAUGGAAAACAGAGCAUCUUCCCUGGGUAAGAACAGAAUAUGGAGGUCAGAGCGGCCCUCAGAUUGCCACCAUCCUCCGGGUGCUGCGCUGGCUUCUGGGAUAGGAAAAAGGGAUCGGCUUCAUCUCAUCUCAAAGGGAUCUUUGGUUUCAAAGAGGAACCUAAAGACUCCAGGGAACAAGGACUUUUCCCCCAUGGAAAAUACGGUGAACUCAUGAGAAGCCUCCAUUGAUUGCCUUCCUGCAGAUAAAGUGGGGAAAUUGAAUGUGAUCAUAAAUAUAAAAAUUCUUCCAAGCUUUUAAAGAGCAAUGUCUUGCAAACAGGUAAGAUUCAGAGUUUAGCAGUGUUCCAAGGACAAAUUCCUCUCUCUUAAAUAAACCCAUUCCCCAAAGUGAACUAUAAGGUUAAAACUAAAACAGGAAGAGUUAAGUAAAUGUGCACAUAUGGAGGAGAGUAGGCUAGAUAUUUUCUACCCUUUGUGCAUGUAGACACUUUGCCUGAGUCAUCAUAGGCUGUGUGUGUGUGGGGGGUGCGUUUCUAUGACUUCCCUGGGCCCCAGGAGAAGGUUGUUCAGAUACAAUGAUUGUCCUUGAUGAAGGGAACAGAUCAUCACAGAUUGCCUUCUCUGCCAGACUCCAUGAUGUGAGCAAGGCCAAGAUGAGCAAGUGGAAAACCCUUGUGGUCUAGAAUAGGAGUGAGGGACGCACACGUGUACUACAGCUCCAAGCUGCACACGAAUCAAGGAUGGGGGAGUGUUCUAAAUGAAGUUGUGUUGAGGUCAAGAGGAAGGUUAAAUCCCAUGUUUUGUAGUAAAAAAAGGACCAUAUAAUGGAGAUGCCUUUUGGUUGCUGGAGGGCAGGUAGGAUUUCAGAGGAGCAAGGAGGUGGGGAAGCUGGCAGAGCGCGACCUGAGCAAAGGUGUGCACACCACCACCUGGGAGAAGCAGGGCCGGUCGCUGUGUCUGCCAGGGGCUGGCUGGAGAAGCAGACCUUGGAGACUUAUAUGGUCAUGCUCACCUUCCGGCUCUUCUCUCUUGGAUGCUCUGCCUCUGGUCUCCUGGCUUCACAUUCUUCAAGACUGUUGGGACGUAGCCCCCAGGACUUCUCUUUACAUCCUUUCUCACUGACAUCCUGCCUUGCCAUGGGUGGCGGUCUCAAGUUCUUAUCUCCACAGGUCAUCCAUUGGCCUUGAUGAGGUGGCCAGGUGACCAGGUGACCUCAACUCUUCUCCUUUCUGGGUGACACUCUGAGUCUUAGGGCAACUCAUUAUCAACAUACUUCUGAGAAAAAAAAAAUGCCCCAGGUCUGCCUUCUGACCCUGCUCUCCCAUCCUUCACCUCCUUCACCUCCAGAUGCCCACUGCCUUGGACUUCUAUGUCCUGAGACCUCAUG